AUGUCAGAUGAAAGACUGGAUAAUGUUGAGCAGAAAUGGAGAGAAAGAAAUACCUCACAACUGUUAAGAGAUAUAGCUGAUGCAUUACAGCAUAUAGUGAGAACUAUACCUGCUACUACAUCUGUACCUACUGUCAAACAGGCCCCGAUUAAAGAGUUACGAAAAUAUGGUGCCACAGAAUUUCAAGGAUUAAAAGGAGAUGAUCCGUCCGCUGCUGAAAAUUGGAUGGAAACAACAAAAAGAGUUUUGCAACAAUUAGACUGCACCCCCCGAGAGAGUCUAAUAUGUGCUGUAUCACUGUUACAAGGAGAAGCGUAUCUCUGGUGGGAAUCUGUGGUUAGACAUUUACCGGAUGAUCAAGUAACCUGGGACUUGUUUCAAAAAGAAUUUCAGAAGAAGUAUAUUGGGGAAUUGUACAUCGAAGAGAAAAAGCAAGAGUUUUUAGUGUUGAAACAGAGGAAUAUGUCAGUACUGGAUUAUGAGCGAGAGUUCUCUAGAUUGAGCAGGUAUGCUUUAGAAUAUAUUCCAACCGAGGCUGAUAGUUGUAAACGAUUUCUACGGGGACUGCGAGAUGAAAUCAAGAUUCAAUUGGUAAGUCUCAGAAUUAUUGAACUUGCUAAUCUAGUUGAGCGAGCAAAAAUGAUAGAACAAGUACUGGGCCUGGAUAAAAAAUCAGAAAUUGGUAAAUCAGCUGGGAAACGUAUAGGAACUACUAGUUCUAAUCCAUUACCGAAGAGAUUCAGAGAAUCAAGAAGUGACUGGAGAUCCAGUUUUAAUUCAGACAGAGGUGGUAGAAGCAGAGGUAAACAGAUGACAGUAUCUACUAGCAGUGUGAGAGGUCCAUCUCGAAGUGUAGAAAUUCGAAUUGUGAGCCUGCAUGGAAGAAACACAGAGGAGAAUACCAUUUUAUUAGAGAUUGUCCGAACACCAAUAGUGCUGCACCUGUAUCGUCACAAUGAUCGAUAUCUACUACUAGAGGCAGAGGGUCAGGUAGGGGUAGUUCGGCUUCCAAAUGAGGUGCUGGUAGAAGGAGCAGUGAUAUUGUUACUCAGCAGUCUGAAGCCAGAGUACCAGCCAGAGCUUAUGUGGUCAGAAAACGAGAAGAAGAUUCGGUUGGAAGUCAAUGUAGCAAGAUCCGAACAGUUUGCGAAUUUCCUGAUGUAUUUCACGAAAUUAUCGGGUUCUGCUUUGAUAGAAGUUGAAUUUGCUAUAGAGUUGAAGGUAAAAGAAAGUGAUGUACCGAAAACAGCUUUCCUUACGAGGUAUGGCCAUUAUGAGUUCUUGGCAAUGUCAUUUGGGUUAACAAAUGCCCCAGCUGCUUUUAUGAAUCUCAUGAAUCGUAUCUUUCAGCCGUAUUUAGAUCAGUUUGUGGUGGUUUUUAUUGAUGAUAUAUUGGUUUAUUCAAAGUCAGAGUCAGAACAUGAUCGGCAUCUAAGGAUUGUGCUACAGACUUUAUGA